UAAUUAAAUGAUUGUUAUUUUCCCACAUUUUGGAUGAAGAUAUAUAUUUGUUACAAUUAACGGCGAUGGAGCCCAAAGAAAAACGCGAUGAAGAAUAUCCCUUACUAAAAGUUGAUGCUGGAGGAGGGGAUGGUAAACUCCGAAAUGCCAUUCCAGCUACCAUUAUGACAACCGGGUGGAAUAUUACAUGCACACCUAAGCAGUCCUGGUGUACUCGUUGGCCAGAAUUUGUUUCGGCUUUCUGGAUGACUUUAAUUCUAUUAGCAAUUUCAUUUUUAGUAUUUUAUGCUAUAGGGAUGAGUGCUCAUAGGCGACAGCCGAUUGUUAUUGUUAGAUGCAAUGACACGAAAGCUAAACCAGGAAGUGACGUAUUCUACCAUCAUAUAAUAGCGCGGGAUGCUUAUGUACCAUUCACGUUUUAUUCUGAAUACUUAUCUUUCAUGGCAUCACAGUAUCCAUCGUUGCGUUAUCACGUAUAUUUUUUGAUAGACGAUUCAACGCAGCCGUUUCGAGAAUCAAGAUAUCCUAGUCCUCGACUUUUAAAAAGAAUAGUACCACGCGUUACUGAUCCAUUUAAUACGAUUCAUAAUCAAAACAAACGAGAUAUACGAGAUUUCCAAAAGAGAUAUCAAAAUGUAAAUAUCAGUGUGAUGAACUUGAGCAAGUACAUGGCAAUGACGCCGUUGAAAUUUAAAUGGGUAAUGAUCCCGCAAAACUACUUGUCUUUCUAUGCUAGGGUAUAUGAAAUUUGGCAGAAUGGUGGCAUUGGAUUCGAUCUGACUACGUUUAAUAAUAUUUACAAAAACAAUAAAGAAUUAGAUCAAAGGAUCGAUAACAUAUUAAAACAGCACAAUAAUGGUUUUGAAUUAGAAAAAUAUGACGAUGUGUUAGAGUCUAUUGACAACGAUGAACAGAAAGAAUUAUUCUCAAUGUUUUUUAAUUUAAUUGAGCGCAUUUUAAACGAGACUCGUUUAUUCUUUGAUACUGAUUUGACAACUAACGUUACUAUUUUAGGAAACAGCCCUUUAGUAAGAACUCAUAGAAACAAGCGUGAUACUGGAAAUAUUACUAAGGCAUUUAAUGUUACUAAUAGUAAUAUUACCUCAAGUAACAAUGCUAUUUAUACGUUUAACGAUACAGUUCGGAAUAUAUCUAUGGUCCAAAAUAAUGUGAGCAUUGAGGUAAAAUUUAAGAAUGGAAGCAUAUUAAAUACUACCAACACUACAGUCGAAUCUCCAACACAUCUUCAUUUAAAAACCACCAAUAUAUCUGGAUAUCGAAGCGAAAUUCCUCAAGUUUUAUUUUUUUACGAUAUUUCUAGAAUUUCUGAUGAAACUGGUCCUACUUAUUUUUUACCAAAACCAAUUCAAUCUGGUGAAGUAAUUAAAACCGUUACGGCAUCUAAUCAAAAGAGAUCAAACUAUUUAUCAUUAAGCCAUGAUGGGUACUUCGUGGCAGCUUCGUCACGUCACCACCCAUUCUUGGCUCAACUGUUUUCUUCCAGUUGUCACAGACUCAAUCCAAAAUACGCCAUUAAAGACACGCUUUUGAGCCAAUGCUCUGGAUUUUUAAGAGAUGACAUAUAUUGCGAAAACAUUCGUUUACUUUAUAAUAUUAUUUAA